AUGACAUUCCAAUCAGCCAUGACGACCUCGAUACACAACUCACGCUUACGCCUUUUGAAUGCGCUCCGAUCCAAUGCAAAGCCCGUUAUGACAUUCCUGGGCCUGCCCUUAUUUCGUAUGGCACAAAUCGUAGCUCAGACCGGUGUCGAUGGUAUUAUCAUCGACUGCGAGCAUGGCCAUAUUAGCGACGAUGCUAUGCACAGUGCGACUGCCGCUAUUGCUGCGCUUGGUGUAUCACCUCUGGUCCGGAUUCGAAUGACACAUGGGGACUUGAUCAAACGCGCGUUGGAUGCCGGGGCGCAUGGCAUCGUUGUACCGCAAGUCAACACGGCCGAAGAGGCCAGGGCAGUUGUCUCAGAUGCAAAGUUCCCACCACAGGGGCGUCGAGGCCAGGGGUCGGCAUUCCCGGCCAUCGCUCAUGGAAUCGAUAUUCCGACGUAUAUGAAGACCGCCAAUGAGACCCUCAUUACCUGCCUGCAAAUCGAGACAAAGACAGGAGUGGACAAUAUCGAUGAGAUCUGCGCAGUACCCGGUGUUGACAUGAUUUUCAUCGGGCCCAACGACCUCGCUCUCUCACUGCUUGGAUAUGUUCCUGCUAGAGGGGACGAGCCUGAAUUUGUCGAGGCUAUUGAGAGAAUUGUCGCAGCAGGGAGGACACAUAAGAAAUGGAUUUCCCGGUUAUCCAAUGAUGGAGCUUCCUGCAAGGAGCAUCUGAAGGUGUUUGAUACCGUGGCGAUGAGCUAUGAUAUCCGGGCUAUUAAGAAUUGGUAUACAGCUGAGCUGCGGGCUGCGCGCUCAUAG